GACAGUUCCAAUGCAUAACGCCAUCGGUGUGCAUUGCGGCCUGCUAUCAUCAUUACCCAAUUUUCUCUCUCUCUCUCCUCUGUCAUUUUCUCGAAUCGGCACUUUUAGAAAUAAAAGAGCAUCAGCAGCUGAGGGCAACAUCGCCGUGAUCGCUAGGGUUUCGAUGCCUUCAUCUUCUCCUCACACAUCUGCUCCUCUCUCCGAAGAGACGCCGAAGAUCGACGAAGCUCUACGCUCGGGUCGAUUGAACGAGAAGAGUUUCUUAGCUUCUUUGAUGCCGAAGAAGGAAAUCAAUGCCGAUAAGUUUCUUGAAUCUCAUCCUGAGUAUGACGGCAGAGGCGUCCUUAUUGCUAUUUUUGAUUCUGGCGUGGAUCCAGCUGCUGCUGGUCUACAGGUGACUUCAGAUGGCAAACCCAAAAUCAUAGACAUACUAGAUUGCACAGGAAGUGGUGAUAUUGACACCUCCAAAGUAGUGAAGGCCGAUGCUGACGGUUAUAUUAUUGGCGGAUCAGGGGCAAAAUUGUUGGUAAAUCAGUCAUGGAAAAAUCCUUCUCAGGAGUGGCAUGUUGGCUAUAAACUAGUGUAUGAACUCUUUACUGACACACUGACAUCCCGUAUACAGAAGGAAAGGAAGAAAAAGUGGGAUGAGAAAAAUCAGGAAGCAAUUGUGGAAGCUCUGAAGAACCUUAAUGAGUUUGACAAGAAAUAUGCCAAAACAGAAGACUCAAAGUUAAAAAGGGUUCGUGAAGACCUCCAAAGUAGACUUGAUUUCCUUAAAAAACAAGCUGAAAGUUAUGAUGAUAGGGGACCUAUUAUCGAUCUCGUCGUGUGGAACGAUGGUGAUGUGUGGAGAGUUGCUGUUGACACACAAAGUUUCGAGGAUGAUUCAGAGCAUGGGAAACUGGCUGAUUUUGUUCCUUUAACUAACUACAGGACUGAACGAAAAUUUGGCAUUUUUAGCAAAUUGGAUGCUUGCUCUUUCAUUACAAAUGUUUAUGAUGAAGGAAAUCUUGUAAGUUUAGUAACAGAUUGCUCUCCACAUGGCACUCAUGUUGCAGGCAUCGCUACUGCUUUCCAUCCUGAGGAGCCCUUGCUAAAUGGAGUUGCACCUGGAGCCCAAUUGAUCUCUUGUAAGAUUGGAGAUACACACUUAGGUUCAAUGGAAACUGGAGUUGGUUUGACUAGAGCUUUAAUAGCUGCCAUUGAGCACAAAUGUGACCUCAUCAACAUGAGUUAUGGGGAGCCCACACUGUUGCCUGAUUAUGGGAGAUUUGUUGAUCUAGUCAAUGAAGCUGUAGACAAGCAUCGUGUCAUAUUCAUUAGCAGUGCUGGAAAUGAGGGACCGGGGUUAAGUACGGUGGGUUCCCCUGGUGGAACUACUUCGAGCAUUAUAGGAAUUGGUGCAUAUGUUUCCCCUGCUAUGGCUGCAGGAGCUCAUUGUGUGGUGGAGCCUCCGAAUGAAGGAAUGGAAUAUACUUGGUCUAGCCGGGGUCCAACAGUUGAUGGUGAUCUAGGUGUGUGUAUAAGUGCUCCUGGUGGAGCUGUGGCUCCUGUACCCGCGUGGACUUUACAGCGACGCAUGCUCAUGAAUGGAACUUCCAUGUCAUCUCCAUCAGCUUGUGGUGGAGUUGCGUUACUUGUUAGUGGAAUGAAGGCUGAAGGUAUUCCAGUAAGUCCCUAUAUUGUACGGAAGGCGUUGGAGAAUACAGCACUUCCCAUAGGUAGUGUGCCUGAGGAUAAAUUGACAACAGGGCAGGGGCUUAUGCAAGUUGACAGGGCACAUCAAUUUGUUCAGAAGUCUAGGGAUCUUCCAUGUGUUUGCUAUAAAAUUUCUAUAAAUCAAACUGGAAAAACAACUCCAACACUAAGAGGAAUCUAUCUAAGAGGAGCCAGUGCUUGUCAACAGAACACCGAGUGGACUAUUCAAGUUAAUCCAGGGUUCCACGACGGUGCAAGUAACUUGGAACAAUUGGUUCCAUUUGAAGAAUGCAUACAAUUACAUUCAAGUGAAAAAUCGGUUGCACAAGCUCCUGAAUACCUCCUGCUAACUAACAACGGGCGUAGUUUCAACAUAGUUGUGGAUCCUACUCAUCUCAGCAGUGGCUUGCACUAUCACGAAGUACAUGGUAUAGAUUUCAAAGCUCCAUGGCGGGGUCCUUUGUUCAGGGUGCCAAUUACAAUCUUGAAGCCUACAAUACCAACUGGCCAGCCACCACAAAUUUUAUUUUCUAGGAUCUCAUUUACGCCGGGUCUUAUUGAAAGAAGGUUUAUUGAGGUGCCACAUGGAGCUACAUGGGUUGAGGCGACGAUGCGAACUUCCGGAUUUGAUACUGCACGAAGGUUCUUCAUUGAUGCUGUUCAGAUUAGUCCAUUGACACGGCCUAUCAAGUGGGAAGCUGUUGUGACAUUUUCAUCUCCUUCAUUUAAAACUUUCAUGUUUGCUGUGAAAGGUGGUCUGACCAUUGAAUUGGCUAUUGCCCAGUUCUGGUCCAGUGGUAUUGGUAGUAAUGAAGCUGCUACUGUUGAUUUUGAGAUGGUAUUUCAUGGGAUUAGCAUCAACGGGGGCACAUUGUUGUUCGAUGGAAGCGAGGCACCUGUCAAAAUUGAUGCAAAAUCUUUAUUGGCAGCUGAAAAACUUGUCCCAUCAGCUACUUUAAACAAGAUAAAAGUGCCUUAUCGGCCCGUAGAGUCUAACCUGAGUACUCUACCUACAUCCCGUGAUAAGUUACCCUCUGGCAAGCAGAUUAUUGCUCUAACCUUAACUUACAAAUUCAAAUUGGAAGAAGGAGCUGAAAUAAAGCCCCAUAUUCCCCUCCUAAACAAUCGGGUAUAUGAUACCAAAUUUGAGUCACAGUUUUACAGCAUAUCAGAUAUUAAUAAGCGUGUCUAUGCAUGUGGGGAUGUCUACCCUAAAUAUGUGAAGGUCCCAAGGGGAGAAUACACCUUGCAACUGUAUAUAAGACAUGAAAAUGUUCAUUUUCUGGAGAAAAUGAGGCAGCUGGUUUUGUUUAUUGAAAGGAAAUUGGAGAAAAAGGACUUUGUCCAAUUGAGUUUUUUCUCUCAGCCUGAUGGUUGCAUAAUGGGAAAUGGCACCUUUAAGUCCUCAGUUUUACUACCUGGUGAUUCUGAAGCAUUUUACGUGGGUCCACCAUCAAAGGAAAAUCUUCCAAAGAACUGUCAGCCUGGAUCUGUUCUGGUUGGAUCUCUUUCCUAUGGUGCAGUAUCUCUCAGUGGCAGCAAAGACAAUAACCAUUCACAAUCACCACCAGUAUCUCAUAAGAUUUCUUAUCUUAUCCCACCUUGCAAGAUGGAUGAGGAUAGAGGAAAGGCAAGCUCCAUUUGCAGUAAAAGUAUAGUUGAGCGGCUGCAGGAAGAGGUGAGAGAUGCUAAAAUAAGGAUACUGUCGAGCUUAAAGCGAAAUUCAGAAGAAGAACGAAAGGCAUGGAAUGCAUUUUCUGCUUCUCUUAAGGAGGAGUUUCCAAACUAUACGCCAUUGCUUACGAAAAUUCUAGAAGGCUUAAUUGCAGGAGGUUCUGACGAAGACAAUGUCCAUCAUAACCAAGAGAUUAUCAAGGCAGCCAAUGAGGUAAUUGAGAGUAUAGACAAAGCUGAGUUAGCAGAAUGGAUUUCAAAGAAACCUGAUCCUGAAGAUGAAGAAGCAGAGACUAUUCAAAAGAAGAAGGAGACAGCUCGUGACCAAUUAGCAGAGGCUCUAUACAGAAAGGGGCUAGCACUUGCAGAAAUUGGCUCUAAGGUUGAACAGGCGCCUGCAGAGGAAUCUAAGGAAAUGCUGAGUGAACAAUCAGAUCAGUUUGAGGAGAACUUCAAAGAAAUAAAGAAAUGGGUUGAUAUUAAAUCUCCAAAAUACGGCAUGCUGUUGGUGGUGCGUGAAAGGCGUAAUGGAAGACUUGGAAUGGCGUUGAAGGCACUAAAUGAUCUGAUCCAAGAUGAAUCCGAGCCACCAAAGAAGAAGUUCUAUGAUUUAAGAAUUGAAUUGCUUGAUGAGAUUGGAUGGAGCCACGUGGCAUGUUACGAGAAGCUGUGGAUGCAUGUGCGCUUUCCUUCGAGUUUGCCCCUAUUUUAGAUUCUUUUAGAUGGCCACAUUUGUUUAUCCGGUAGUUAUACAAAUGAAUCAAUUAUCUGGUAGUUAUUCAAAUGAAUCAAAUCAAAUACAUUAGUCUCACUUAAGGUGAACAAAGCUUUUAAAGAAAGUCCUUACCCAAGAUUAUAAGUUAUUUGCUGUUAAGAAACUAGAUCUAUAGGCAAAGUGACGCGAUGUUAGUCACUAUAGUUUCAUACAUUUAUUUAGAUUCCUAAAUGAAGUUUCACAUUUGAUAAUACUGUCAUUUGAUCUUCUCAAGCUGUUCAGGCAGUUUUUAUUUUUACCCUUUUUAGUUCUUAUGUUAUUUCAUGGGGUACCAUUGUAAUGAAAUAUAGAACUACUGGGAGUUGUUUGUGA